AUGGUAGUCGACAUGUUUCUGUAUCUCAACAUUAUGCUUCACGAUCUACCUAGCUUCAUCAUGGACAGAGAUAUCUCAAAAGAAACACAGUUUUUAUCGGUAAUCGUAAAUUGUACGGAAUGGUUCGUACAAUUGCUUAUGUUACCAUUGCUGUCCAUAAUGCAUUUUGUUGCGAUAUACUGGCCAACAAUCUUCCGUGGUAUAUCUUUUAGGCAAUUUGCAUUUUGCAACGCUGGAACUGUUCUGAUUGCUAUGUCCUGUACAAGUAAGUUACCUCAUAUGAUAUGUAACUAUAGAAUGUAAAC